CUUACGCCAAGUCUACCUGUCUGCCUCUCUGUCUCUAUGUUUUCCCCUCAUUUUUUUAUUCCAACCACACCCUGUACUUUCUUUUCACUCCUUCCCCUUAUAAACCUUCCCUCUUCUCUCCCCCACAGAACCAGCCUCUCAAUUCUCUCUCUCUGUCAAAAACACAGACAAAGAUUCAAACUUUACACUCUCAAAAAAAAAAAAAAAAAAACACAGAUAAUUGAGACUAAGGUUUAGCUGAGUUCUUGAGUUGUGUAUAUAUAUAUAUAUACAUAGUCUGUAACAACUUUUCACUUGUUGGGUAUUAAUCUUUGAGUGAUUUUGUUCACUUAUUGGGUUGUCUGGAGAAGAGAGAAUAUGACUAUGAGCAGCAAUAUUAUGGGGCAGUUUGGGGACACAACACUAACCAAAGUGUUUGUUGGAGGUUUAGCAUGGGAAACUCCGAAGGAGGCCAUGAGAGAACACUUUGAGAAGUACGGUGAGAUUUUGGAGGCUGUGAUUAUCACUGAUAAGGCCACUGGCAGAUCCAAGGGCUAUGGAUUCGUUACGUUCAAGGAGCCCGAAGCAGCUAAAAAGGCUUGCGAGGAUGCCACACCCAUCAUCAAUGGCCGCAGAGCUAACUGCAACUUGGCUUCACUUGGAGCCAGGCGCCCAAGGUCCUCUAAUUCCACCCCUCCUCCUCCUCCUCCUCCUCCUCAACAAGGAUCAAAUGUUGGAUUGAGGGCCACGUCAGCUGCACCGGCAAAUCACGUGCAGUGGUACUAUCCGGCGGGGACACCGCCUUCACCCUUUCAUCAUCAUCAGCAUCACCAUCAUCAGCCGGUUCCUUUCUAUGGGUACUCUCCUACAUACAUUGCUACUGAUAUCAGUUACAACCAUAAGCUAAGCUACAAUGGAGGGACCUAUAUGAAUGGCCAUUACUCUCAAGUGUAUCCAGGGCAAGCUAUGGUAGGUGCCAACACAUUGAUGCCCAUGUACCCUUAUUAUCAUUACCAUCAAUCACAGACAAUGGGCCUACCUGCUCACAUCUUCUCGCCAACCACAACGGGCCCCAUUGCCACAGUCCCUGCCAUCAUGUCAAAACCAGCAUCUAUUGCUCCCAACACAGUUUGCUUGGCUGUGGAAUAGGUACAAUUGGCGCAGGAGAGAGCUUCAAAAAGGUUGGCUAAAAGGGCACUUAGUUGGCAAUAACAAAGGGGAAGGUGGUGGCUGCUCAGAGCAACAUUAUUAUCUGAUCUGUUGUGGCUCUUCUUUCCAAUUUUUUUUUUUUCAUUUUUUAUUCUUAUUCUAAUUAGAUGCAAGCUUUAUAAGAUUCUUUCAUUCUCAUUCUCUCUCUCUCUCUAACAUCUAAGCUUGAGCUGUGAACCAUUAAGAAAAAUGUAACUGAAGUCCAUGUGUACCUGUGAUUACCCAUAUCUGAUGGGUUUCUUUUGAUGGAUCCAGUGAACUUUGCUUCAUAAAGCCUGCAUCUUCAAAUAA